CGCGGGUGUCCCGGGGGCGGCCAAGCGAAGCUCAGUGGCCCGGUCCUGGCUCUUGAGCCUGACGUGAAUGCGCUGGCGGUCACCAGAGGCGGGGGCUCUUGACCUAGGCUCUGGGGGGCCAAGACCAUGAGGCUGAGGCGGAAGGCGGACGCUGCGCUCACCCUGCUCCUGGCCACCGCGCUCUGUUUGCUUCUUUACUCGCAGCGGGAGCAAGAGGCCCCCGCGGCCAGCCUGUCCAGCGCACAGGCCAGGAUGGUCACUGUCCCAGCUCCGCGGCCCUUACCCACACGCUCUGGCUGGGGGCCAGAGGUGGUGCGCGCCUUCCCAGCUGCCAGGGCUGAGCACCCGGUCUAUGAGGUGGACACGCCGGCGCCGCCGACGCCCUCGGGGCCCUUCGACUUUCGGCGUUACCUGCAGGACAAGGACAAGAGACGCUUCCCGCUCCUCAUCAAUCAGCCGCAUAAGUGUAGGGGGCUUCCAGGGGGCCCGGGGCCAGACUUGCUGAUCGCUGUCAAGUCCGUGGCUGCGGACUUCGAGCGGAGGGAGGUCGUGAGAAAGACCUGGGGUGCCGAAGGGCACGUGCGUGGGGCGCGGGUGCGCAGGGUUUUCCUGUUGGGCAUCCCUCGGGGCCUGGCCGGGGCCGGGGCGCAGGCCCAGGAGGGCCUGCUGCGGGCCGAGGGUCGCGCCUAUGGGGAUAUCCUGCUCUGGGCCUUUGAUGACACUUUCUUCAACCUAACCCUAAAGGAAAUCCACUUCCUGGACUGGGCAUCCACCUUUUGCCCUGACGUGCGCUUCGUGUUCAAGGGCGAUGAUGACGUGUUCGUGCACGUGGAGAACCUGCUGGAGUUCGUAGCUACACGGGACCCAUCCCAGGACCUUCUGGCCGGUGACGUGAUCCUGCAGGCGCGGCCCAUUCGCGCUCGGGACAGCAAAUACUAUAUCCCCGAGGGCGUGUACGGGCUGGGCGCCUACCCAGCGUACGCGGGAGGCGGGGGCUUCGUGCUGUCCGGGGCCACGCUCCGAAGGUUGGCAGCCGCCUGUACCCAGGUGGAGCUUUUCCCCAUCGACGACGUCUUCCUCGGCAUGUGCCUGCAGCGCCUCCGCCUGGCACCCGAGGCUCACCAGGCGUUCCGCACCUUUGGCAUAGCCCAGCCCUCGGCCGCCCCGCACCUGCGCACCUUCGACCCCUGUUUCUACCGGGAGCUCGUGCUCGUGCACGGGCUGUCAGCAGCCGACAUCUGGCUCAUGUGGCAGAUGCUGCACGCGGUGCCAGGGCCCGACUGCGCUCGAAGCCGCACGGCCCCAAAGCCCUUCCGCUGGGGCUCCUAGCUGCCGAGCCAGGCGUGGGACCGGAGCAAGGGCAAAGUGGGAAAAUAAGCGGGGUUCCUCCCAGCCCUGCUGCUGGUAACAUUCCUGGGCCUUAUUUCCUUGCCGGUAAAAUGAAGGCCC